AUGAGCAGACCUGUAGCACGAGCUAUUGGCUCAUUGUCUCGCAGAACAUUCAUCACCUCUCGAACAGCCCGGCAGCAAGAAGUUCCGCAAUCGCACUUCGACUUCUUCCCGCAGACAUACCCUCAAGGCCCUCCACCCCACGCGACCUUCACACCAGACCUCAAGCAACUGCGCAAAGAGUUCCUCCAACUCCAAGCAAAAGCACAUCCCGACCUGGCCCCAGCAUCGCAGAAACGACACGCCGAAGCCUUGAGCGCACGCAUAAACGAAGCAUACAAAACGUUACAGGAUCCUCUCAAACGAGCGCAGUACCUCCUUUCACAGCACGGGAUUGAUGUUGAUGACGAGAGCGCAAAGCUAUCUGAGAGCGAACUGUUGAUGGAGGUCAUGGAAGCGCGGGAGGCUGUCGAAGAGGCAGAGAACGAGGAAGAUCUGAUAGACAUCCGUGCAGAGAACAGCGAGCGGAUAGACAAGAGUGUAGCGAUACUAUCCGAGGCUUUUGCGCAGGAGGAAAUGGACAAGGCGGCGAGAGAAGCGAUAAAGCUGCGGUAUUGGAUGAAUAUAGAGGAGAGUAUACAAGGGUGGGAGAAAGGAAAGGGCGGCGGCAUAAUCCAUCAUUGA